CUAAUCAGUUAGUUGUAGAGGUAAUCUCGUGUGCAUAUAUAUAUGCAUUGCCAUAUAUAGCAAGUAAAGUAGCUAGGAAUCCUUAUAUUUGCACGCUCUUGUGAUCGAUCAUCCGAUCGGAGCUGAAUACAUAUAAUUAAAAUUAAUUAAUUAAUUAAUUGAAUAGGUGAAAAUGGUGGAGUUUGUAUUUGGGAAUAAGUUUGUGAGCAGUAGUAGUGUGAUAAUACUAUUAAUGAUGAAAGUGAUAGUGGUGAUGAGUGGAUACAGAUUUGGUGUAGCAAAUGGUGUGAGUAUGAAUUACUAUGUAAUGAGUUGCCCCAUGGCUGAUAUCAUCGUCCAGAACACUGUCAAUAGAGCUUUGAGGAAUGAUCCCACUCUUGCUGCCUCUCUUAUCAGAUUGCAUUUCCACGACUGUUUCGUUCAGGGGUGCGAUGCAUCAAUUCUGAUAGACUCAACAAAGGACAACACAGCAGAAAAGGAUUCGCCAGCAAAUCUUAGUUUGCGUGGGUAUGAGCUUAUAGAUGAAGUGAAAGAGGAGCUGGAACAACAAUGUCCUGGCGUUGUUUCCUGUGCUGAUAUUGUGGCUAUGGCUGCUAGAGAUGCCGUUUUCUUUGCAGGAGGCCCUGUGUACGACAUACCGAAAGGACGAAAGGACGGAAGGAUAUCCAAAAUAGAAGAGACCAUCAAGCUGCCGUUUCCCUCCAUGAAUGCCUCAGAGCUCAUCAGAGUAUUUGGGCAGCACGGCUUAACUGCCCAAGAUAUGGUUGCUCUCUCUGGAGCACAUACACUAGGAGUUGCUCGAUGCUCAUCGUUCAAAAGUCGUUUGAGCGAAGCAGAUCCAACGCUAGAUUCGGACUUCGCAAGGACGCUAUCGAAAACAUGCAGCGCAGGGGACACGGCGGAGCAGCCAUUCGACGCCACUCGAAACGACUUCGACAAUGUUUACUUCAAUGGUCUUGUUAGGAAGAACGGUGUGCUGACCUCAGACCAAACUCUGUACGCUUCCCCAAGGACAAGAUCCAUUGUCAAUGCCUACGCAUUCAACCAAGCCAUGUUCUUCUUGGACUUCCAGCAGGCCUUCAUCAAAAUGGGCUUACUCGAUCUCAAACAGGGUUCUCAAGGAGAGGUCCGAGCAUCUUGCCGUACUAUCAAUUAAUUAAUUAUUAAUUUGUACCUGCCUGGCCUCUAAACAAUAUUUUCAAAUAUUGUUCAUAUUAUAUUAUAUAUAAAUAUAUACCUAUAUAUGUUCUCAUACAUAAAUAUAUAUGUAUGUCUGUAAGAAAUUAUAAUGUAUGAUUUUUAUCAAUUUUAUCUU